AUGUCGGAUCACGUCCCUGCUCCAAAACCGCUAUCCCUAGAAGGAAACGUUUCAGAAAAUUGGCGCCGUUGGCUGCAGCAAUAUACACUGUACAUGUGCGCGACGGUAAAGGAUAAGAAAAACGAAAAGUUACAAUGCGCGACAUUUCUGUCCCUUGCUGGUGAGUCUGCAAUUGAACUGUCGAACACUUUUGUGUUUGAGGAAAAUGAAAAUUGGAAAAUAGCGCCGCUAAUUAAAAAGUUUGAUGACUAUUGUACACCGAAAAAACACGAAACGUACGAAAGGCAUAUAUUCAAUGGUCGUGUCCAAAAACCUGAUGAAACUUUUGAUCAGUUUUUAACAGAUCUGAGACAGCUAUCCAAAGACUGUCAUUAUGGAGAACUUAGAGAUGAGUUAAUAAGAGAUAGAAUCAUUGAGGGUGUUCGCGAUAUUACAACAAGAGCACGUUUGCUGAGAGAAGGGGACUUAUCUCUAGAUAAAUGUAUUGAAAUUUGCCGUACAGCUGAGGUAACCGCUUCUCACAUGAAAGUCAUGACAGAUCAGUCUGUAGUUGUUGACGCAGUGCAUAAAAAAUGUACACAAAAUUACAAACCAAUUCGAAAAUAUGAUGCUACUUUAACACACGGUCGAACUGUUGAUUGCUCAAGAUGUGGUUUGAUUCACCGUGGUCGAAUCGGCCCAGCACAAGGCAAAACCUGUUUUAAAUGUGGUGGCCAAAAUCAUUUUCAAAAAAUGUGUCGCACCAAACUACACAAAAGUCCCUCGUCUGGAGUUGACAGAAGACAAACAAUAAGCCAAACGCCUGAUCGCAAACAACACAAUGAACAAAAAGUUUAUUCAGUUGAUACAGAGUUCUUUGUUGACACAGUUCAGUCAGUAAAUAAAGGAAGUGAAUCAUGGAUUGUUCCAAUAUUAAUAAACAAAACUCUUGUACCUUUAAAACUUGACACAGGUUCAGAUGUGAACAUAUUGGGUUACAAAGAUUUUCAAAACUUGUUGCAAAAGCCAAAACUAAACAGCAGUAAGGUUCUAUUGAAAGCAUAUGAUGGAGGAAAUGUACCGGUAAAAGGUCAGUGUGUACUGGAACUUUGCUACAAGGAUAGUCGAUACAGAGCAUUGUUUAUCAUCAGUGAUGAAGAUGUACGACCUAUUUUGGGCUGCAAGUCAUGCGAAAAAAUGGGUUUGGUGAAACGAGUACUGUCACUUGAACAUCACGUUGAAACGGAUAUCAAGGUAGAUGUAUUCAAGGAGUAUGCUGAUACAUUUGAAGGUCUUGGUUGUCUCCCAGGAAAAGUUAGCAUAAAACUGCAUAAUGAUGCAAUACCAGUUGUUGAGCCAUGUAGGAAAGUACCAUUUGCCUUAUAUGAUAAGCUCAAAGCAGAACUUCAUAAGAUGGAAGACAUGAAGGUGAUUGAAAAAAUUGAAGAGCCAACAGAAUGGGUGAAUUCACUUGUUGUAGUACACAAGGCUAAUGGAAAACUUCGAGUCUGUAUGGAUCCGCGGAACUUGAAUAAAGCAAUUCUUCGGGAACAUUUUAAACUCCCUACUCGUGGGGAAAUAAUGUCACGAUUUGCAGGAGCUAAAGUCUUUUCGAAACUUGACGCGUCAAAUGGGUUCUGGCAAAUACAGUUGGAUGAACAGAGUUCACGAUUAUGCACAUUCAAUUCGCCAAUCGGAAGAUUUCGUUUUCUCAGACUGCCAUUUGGUAUAUCGAGUGCACCUGAAAUUUAUCACAGAAUCAUUCAUUCAUUAUUCGAACACAUGGAUGGAGUUGAUACAUCUAUGGAUAAUAUCAUUGUCUGGGGUAAAGAUGAACAAGAGCAUAACAGAAGAUUGUGCCAAGUUCUUGAAAAAGCAAGAAAAGUUGGACUUAAACUUCAAAAAGAAAAGUGUGAAAUUGGUGUUUCAGAACUAACAUUCCUUGGAGAUACUCUGUCAAAAGAUGGUUUAAAGCCUGAUCCUAAGAAAGUAGAAGCAAUCUGCAGCAUAGAAACUCCAACAUGCAAGAAAGAUCUCCAAAGAUUUCUUGGUAUGAUAAAUUACCUGGCUCGCUUUCUGCCGGAUUUAUCCGAACGAACAGCAACUCUGAGAGAACUAUUGGACAAAAACAAUAACUUUGAUUGGACACCAAAUCAUGAUACUGCUUUCGAGAAACUGAAAUCCUUAGUGUCAAGCAAGACUGUACUUCAGUAUUAUGAUCCGUUAAAAUCCAUAAAAAUUUCUUGUGAUGCAAGUCAGAAAGGCUUGGGUGCAGUUUUACUUCAAAAACAUGCUGAAGAAUGGCUUCCAGUAGCUUAUGCCUCAAGAGCAACUUCAGAAACCGAAAGCCGAUAUGCGCCUAUUGAAAGAGAAGCUCUGGCAAUCACGUAUGCAUGUGAACGUUUUCAGCAGUAUAUUUGUGGCCAAACUGUGGAAGUAGAAACUGACCACAAACCCCUGAUUGCAAUAUUCUCAAAAGGAUUGAACGAUUGUCCAGCAAGAAUCCAGAGAUUACGACUUCGAUUACAGAAGUAUGACAUACACCUUGCCUACAUACCAGGUAGAUUCAUGUACACAGCAGAUACCCUUUCCAGAACGCCUAUUGAAGGUCAGAAUUCCACAACAGAAAAUGAUGUAGAAACAUACGUUGAUGGUGUUAUUUCGUCAAUCCCAGUAAGUGACCAGAAACAAGAAGAAAUCUGCAAAAGUACAGCAGAAGAUGCAGUGAUGCAAUCUCUUGUAAACACAAUAUUGAAUGGGUGGCCAGAAGAAAGGUCACAGUGCCGAAAAGAGUUGAUACCUUUUUGGAAUUACAGAGAUGAACUAUCAGUCAUUAACGGAAUGGUGUUUAAAGGAACGCGAGUUGUGAUUCCAGAUAAGAUGCGUUCUUGCAUUCUUGGGAAAAUUCAUGUAGGACACAUGGGUAUGGAAAAGUGCAAGCAGAGAGCUCGAGAAGUAGUUUUUUGGCCUUGCAUGAACCAGGAUAUUGUCAAAUUGGUAAAGCAGUGUGAAACAUGUCAAGCUAAUCAGAAGCAGCAAAUGGCUGAACCUCUACUCUCACAUCCAUUGCCAAUGCGACCAUGGCAAAAAGUAUCAACAGAUGUGUUUGAACUCGGGAGAAAAGACUACAUUGUUAUUGUUGAUUCAUAUUCAAAUUAUCCAGAGGUGAUAGGACUGUCAAGUCAGUCGAGCAGCUCGGUGAUACUAGCAAUGAAAACUACAUUUGCUAGACAUGGCAUUCCGGAAGAAGUUCUCAGUAAUAAUGGACCAUGCUACAGUAGUAUGGAAUUCGCUCAGUUUUCAAAAGAUUGGGAUUUCCAACAUGUUACAAGUAGUCCGUAA